UCUCCGGUGCGUCUGCGCGGGAAGUGGAAACCAGCGAGGAGGCGAAGCUGUGUGAGGUCCGCGGGGCUGGCAGCGUAUGCCGCCUUGGGUGUCUUCUCGCUGCGAAGCCCGCUGCCCGACGCCUCCGCCGCCAUGCUCAUGAAGGGCCGCUUCUCGAUUCGCCGCACCCUCCAGUACCUGGGCCAGGGGGACGUGGUGUUUAAGGACUCAGUGAAGGUCAUGACGGUGAACUACAACACGCACGGGGAGCUGGGCGAGGGCGCCAGGAAGUUUGUGUUUUUCAACAUACCUCAGAUCCAGUACAAAAACCCUUGGGUACAGAUCAUGCUGUUUAAGAACAUGACGCCGUCCCCCUUCCUGCGCUUCUAUCUGGACUCCGGGGAGCAGGUCCUUGUGGAUGUGGAGACCAGGAGCAAUAAGGAGAUCAUGGAGCACAUCAGGAAAAUCUUGGGGAAGAACAAGGAAACCCUGGAGAAGGAGGAGCAGGAGAAAAAGGAGCUUUCUCACCCAGCCCACUUUGGGCCCCGAAAGUACUGCCUGCGGGAGUGUAUCUGCGAGGUGGAAGGGCAGGUCCCCUGCCCGGGUCUGGUGCCGUUACCCAAGGAGCUGACAGGGAAGUACAAAGCAAUGCUGAAAGCCAGCACCCAGGACUGAGGCCCCAGGCCAUACCCAGGGAAGCCCCUGGUUCUGGUUAGUCCAUUUCCAUGUUCAUGGAUAGAAUAGUCCCCUGGUUCACACCUGUGUGAAAGGACAUGGGAGGGUCGGGGGAGUGUAUCUGCGCUCUCAGGUUAAUAAAAUGCUUCCUGGUCUCCAG